UUCCUUGAGGCUUAGAAGGUGUACUUUUGAUUAGUCACUGACCCCCCAAUUUAUGGCAAAGUGUGAAAGUAUAAAGUUAUUUGUUCUUAAAUGAAAUUUUGACCUCCUUUUUUUUUAGCGACACACAGCUGUGAGUAUGACUGCCAGUUCAAGUGCUAGUGCUGACAGUUCAGCUCCUGAACCAUGCAGUCCUGAUGCAGAUGUUUGCACUGAAGAAAGUGUUGAUCCAGUGGACGUACCUGUACCACCGCUGACUAUAACUCGUGCAACGCAGUAUUCACGCAAGCAUUGUCAGCGUAAUAAAGGAAGUCAGACUGAACUUAAAAAGAUAAACAAGGCAACGCAGACAACUGCUGCUGACAUAGUACAACAGGUGUCUGCAACUGCUACAAUUCCAAUGCCCAUGUGCUCAACACCCAGGAAGCGGACUGCCAGCCCAAACUUACAUGCGACUCCUGUCAAGCUUGCCCGGUUGUCCAGCCCAGAAGAGACACCCAUCAAAAAUGUGUCCGAUCCGGAAUAUAUUCCCAGUGACCUGUCAUUUGAAGAGCAGGAAUUCGAAAAAGAACUAGAGUCAGAGUCUGAAGUAACACCAAAUAAGAUAAGGAGGAGAAAUUUAUUGUGUUCCAGUUCCAGUUAA